ACGGUUGUCUAAUACGGAAUAGGAAACUGCAUGCGGUUUUUUUUUAUUAAAAUAAGUUAUAAAGUGAGGAUUAUUAAACUAUAAAUUUAAAAAAAAAAUUAAUUAAAAACAUAAAUAAUUUUCUAUAUGAAAAUAAUGUAAAAAAGAAUUUCUUUGUCGUUUGUUUUCCUGUUAUUGUCAUACCGGUAUCACCUUUUUGUUGUGUGCGUGUGGCCGGCCGGCCCAACUAAUUGAAUCCAUAAAACCCAUAAAAUUACUUAAAUGCAUUAACGAAAGGUGUAUAACAAAGAUAAACAAUCAAUGGAAAAAGAUUGUGUGUGUGCUGUCUUCUGAAGGUGCGUGCGUGCGUACGAGUGUGACUGAGACUGCCAAUGUCUAUGCGAUGGUGAUGAUGAUGAUGAUGAUCAGUGCGCUGUAGUGUUAUUUGAUUAAAAAUUUACCUUUACUUUGAAGUUAAACACCAAAGGUGCAUAUACGGCGACGGCGGCAACUUAAUGCAAGCACGCAGCCAUUGUGGUUGGGCCCUCCAUAUUUCGAUUUCUCGAUUCCAAACAAACAAAUAAACGUUCUAGAGGUGUUUAUGUUGCGAUAACGCAAGCAAGACAGCCAGAACAUUGGUGACUGCGAUGCGCGCCUUUAAUGUUUUUCUCCCAGACUCAAUCAACCCACCGUGUGUGUGCGUGUGUGAAUAUGGUGUAGAGUGAAGUAAGCAAGAACUGAUUGAUAUUUUCGUGUUGUUGUUGCUUUAUUUUUUAACAUUCUCAUGCGCUGUUAUAACUAUCCAAAUAUCAAUUAAUAUUAAGUGAAAAUAAAUAUAUAAACAACAACGACAACAAGAACAAGACGCUGAAAAAAAAAUAACUCAUCAAUGCAGAUGAUGAUGUUAUGAGUGAUGGCGAUGAUAUUGGUGUUGUGCAUUUAAACAAACGUGUUUACACAGGGCAAACUCAAAUGGAAGUACACACUCACUCCCCACCAUACAUACAUAUACAUACAUAUAAUAGUUACAAGCAAGCAUAAAUGAACUCCAGCAUUGCAAUCUCCAUUACACGUUUCGUCUGAAUACGAAACUCAUCGACAAGAGCAAAAUCAACACAAGCAACAACAACAACAACAAGUCGGUAGACAAAUAAAGUCAAUAUACAAAUUAACUGAGCUCUGAACAGUGGAGCAGCACUAGCAGCAACAACAAGAAGUGAUAUACAAAACAACAACAACACAACGAAGCAACGGUGAAUACUGCUGCUGCUGCUGCACUCUUUAGUGAGAGAGCAGAGUCUGCGAGGGUUAUUUUUUUGUGUGGUGCCGUUCUUUCGUUAAAACUUCAUGUUUUUAAGCCAAAGAUUUAUUUACACACAAAGCCACACAUUCAUACCACGGCAAACUGAACUCUUAGUCAGCCAGACAGACAGACAACAAUUUUGGGCACUACAUAUGGAUGAAUGGAUGAUGUUCUACAAAUAAGCCGACUUCUCAGAAUUCUGAAGAAAAAUAAAAAUACCAAAACAAAAUUCGCUUACCUUAGAGCCCAACAUCUUGUCAAGUAAAGCCCAAAUAUUUUUCUGGGCAAAACAAUAAAAACAUUUUAAGAGGCUAUUAUCAGUGAGACGAAAACUUCUAAAUCCAACCAUCUUCAGCAUCAUAAGCUAACAAAAAAAAAAUCGUCAAAAAAACAAAGACCGAAAGAGACAUCUCUUCAAAAGGUUUGUCAAAAAAACCCAAGAAUAAUAAUUUGAACUGCUCUGCUCGCGCCAUCAAAAGCAAAAUGCAAAGAGAAUUGUGAAAAGACAAAAACAAUCAAGUUGAAAGUAAACUACUACUGGCAUAUUCUUCUUCAUCCUUUUUAUAUCAAUUAACUAAUUGGAUACUUAACACAAACGAGUAGCAGGCUAGCUGUGGGUUGCUUUCCAACAACAGCACACUUCAAACAUGGAUCUUUUAUGUACGACAAAGGCAAUCUCGAGGAUAGCAUCUGCUUUGCUGCUGAUUAUCUGCACUUGGCAACAAGCUUUCUGCCUGGCCGAAACUUCAUCGCGUUUCUUGAUUUUACCGCAAUCACAGGCCAUCGCCGAGGGAGAUGCAGCAGAUUUUAAUUGUCAUGCUACACCCACCCGUGGCUUGAUCUACUCCUGGACUCUCAAUGGUCAAUUAAUCCAAAAUUCCAGUCGCAUCUAUCAGAAUGGCUCCGAUUUACACAUUGACUCGGUGAGUCGAGAGAGCGAUGGCGGCGAUUAUGUAUGCAUUGCCACCAAUGUGGCAAGUGGUGCACGUCAAGCAUCACCACCGGCACGUCUAACAGUCAUAUGGAUACAGACCGCUAAUGUGCAAUUGCUGGCCAAUUAUCAACACGAAGUCAUACUCAAAUGCCAUGUGGAGGCCUCAUCUGGGGAUGGGCUAUUGGAAAUUGAAUGGUUUCGCAAUAGUGAAAAAUUAAGCUCCCUACAAAAUAUCGAAUUGCAGGAGAAUCGUUUAAUCAUACGCAAUCCCACCGGCCAGGAUACCGGCCUCUAUCGUUGCAUAGCCUCCAAUGCAGCCGGCCGAGUGAUGAGCCGCAAGGGCUACAUACUCAAGUGGUCCAGUGUUAAGGAUUCGGGCAAUUGCAUGCCUCGCCUGAAGAAGAACUACAUAAUGCCCGAAGGCAUGAAGGAUAUGUUUUUGUGUCGCGGCAAACGAGGUGACAAUUCCCCCGGUCUGGGCAACGAUGAUAAAUUGCCCAUGGCCGAGGAUGUGCAAAUAACCCGGGGUCCUGUGAAACGUGCCACCGUUAAGGAGAACGAUGCGGCCGAACUAUUCUGUCAAUAUGCCAUAGCGGAAAAAUAUUUGAAAACAGCAGAUGGCUCAAGCGAAAUUAUACUUCGUUGGCGUAAGGAUGGCAAAAUCAUACGGCAAAUAGAAUUGAAUGGUGGUGGGGCCAGCAGCUCCGCGUCGUCGGUGGGCCAACGUUCUUUGGAUGCCAACAAGGAUCCCAUGCUACGUGAGGAUACACGCGUUUCCAUAGCCAAAGAUAAUGGAUCGCUGGUAUUUGCCAGUGUCAUUGCCAGCGAUGCUGGCCAAUAUGUUUGCCAGGUGGUGGUGGAGGGCUAUCGUCCCAUUAGCUCGGAGUCAGGUGAACUGCAAGUCAUUGAACAAUUGAAAUUCAUGCCACAGCCUACUUCGAAAAAUCUCGAAUUAGGUUCGGUGGGCAAAGUCCAUUGCAAAGCCCAGGGCACACCAGUGCCCCAAGUGAAAUGGCUUAAGGAUCUCAAGGAUGAUUUGCCAGAUACACUGGAGGACAUUAAUGGCACUUUAACUUUUAAAAAUGUUACCGCCGAACAUCGUGGCAACUACACUUGUGUGGCCAUCAAUUCGCAGGGCCAAAUAAAUGCCACGGUAAGCAUAAAUGUGGUGGUUGCCCCUCGUUUUCUGGUGGCCCCUGAAGGUCCCAUCGAAAGCAUGGAGUCCGGAGUGGCCAUAAUGCAUUGUCAGGCGACGGGUGAUCCCCGGCCUACCAUACAAUGGGAUAAGGAUUUACAGUAUUUGAGUGAGAACAACACAGAUCGUUUGCGUUUUCAUUUUCUGGAAAAUGGCACACUCGAGAUACGCAAUGUACAGCCAGAGGAUGAGGGCAGUUAUGGCUGCACCAUAGGCAACAGUGCGGGUCUAAAGCGCGAGGAAGUGCGUUUUAUAGUGAAAUCUGCCGCUGAUGUUGAAAUGGAGCCCCAGGAGGGUUUCCUUAUAACCCGUGCGGUGCUCAUAACCAUGUCCGUGGCCUUUGCCUAUAUCAUAUUGGUGGUGGGUUUGAUGAUCUGGUGUCGCUAUAGGCGUCAGGCCCGCAAGGCUCGUUUAAACGAGGGCCGUGAUAAUCCCGAGGCCGGUGAAGGUGGUGAAAAAAAUGCCGAACAUGAACCUUGCCUCUCCGAAUCCAAGUCCGUCAAGGUACGCAAAACUAAUGGCAACAACAAUCCCAACAAGGCCAAUGGAGGCACUGAUCCCCAGAAAUCUGACGACACUGCCUGCAGCAAUCACUCCAAGACUUCCAAGAAAUCCAAUGUCUAUGAUCAAUUGAGUUUCCCCCGUUCAGGCAUUACCGAAAUGUUGCAAGUAGGGCGUGGCGAAUUCGGUGAUGUGUUUGUGGGAAAAAUCAAAUCCUCACUGAUAAAGACCACCGAGGAUAAGGACACCGAUACGGAAAAGAAUAGCAACAGCAACAGUGAUAAUGGCAAUGGAUCGGCAGCCACCACCUCAACCACAGUGGAGAAGAGACGCUCGAAAACUUCCAUGGAUGACAUAGAGGAGAUCAAAGAGGAACAGGAGACCUGUAGCAGUGAUAAUGAGACCAAUGCCAAUACCACCACCACUGAGGAAUACAAAUUGGUUAUGGUUAAGGCUUUGAAUAAGAUUAAGGAUGAGACAGCUUGCCAGGAAUUUCGAAGACAAAUUGAGAUGUUCCGCACCUUGACUCAUAAGGGAGUUGUACGAUUGUUUGGUUUGUGCAGAGAGAAGGAUCCCCAUUACAUGGUUUUGGAGUACACGGAUUGGGGUGAUCUCAAACAAUUUCUAUUGGCCACCGCUGGCAAAGUGAAUACUUCGACAAAUUCCUCUUCACCACCUCCCCUACAAACCGGUCAAGUUUUGGCAGUGGCCUAUCAAAUUGCCCGAGGCAUGGAUGCCAUAUACCGUGCGAGAUUUAUACACAAAGAUUUGGCCACCCGCAAUUGCAUAAUUUCAAGUGAUUUCAUUGUUAAGGUCUCAUACCCGGCGCUGUGCAAGGACAAAUAUAAUCGGGAAUAUUUUAAGCAUCGCAAUACCUUGUUGCCCAUAAGAUGGCUGGCCCCAGAAUGUGUGCAGGAGGAUGAGUACACCACGAAAAGUGAUAUUUUCGCCUUUGGCGUGGUGGUCUGGGAACUAUUCACACAGGCCACCAAGAUACCCUUCGAGGAGCUAAGCAACGAAGAAGUGAUACAACGAAGUCAGGCAGGCAAGCUGGAAUGGCAGUGUGCCGACACAACACCGGAGAGUCUAAAGGAGAUAUUGUCUUCCUGCUGGAAUGUUAAUCCCAAAGAACGUCCCUCAUUUAGUCAGCUGGGCUCGGCCUUGAGCAAGGCCAUACAAAGUCUGGACAAAUAACUUGGAAAAUAGAGUAUUAACCAGAUUUGAAUGAAUAAACCAGCAUUUGUUUUCCAGUUUAAACGAAACGAAAAAAAAGCCAAAAAUUACUUAAGUCUUUUUUAUACUGCCU